UCAUAACCAAUGGAGAUGCGACAUGUGGCAUGCCAGUUCAUUUGUUUAUUUUACACAUAGACCCCCGCGCUGUUUCCCUUACACAAAAUAACCCCUCCGAAUCAAAUCCCCAAAUCGCUUGCACAAAGACCAGUUCGACGAGUAGGGGCAACCCGGAGAGCGCGCCCCUUCCUGCCUCCGCAGGGGAAGGACGAGCUGCUGCUGCACCCAAUUUACCCCUGCCGCAGACCCUCUUCCCGAAGCUAAUCCUUCUUGUCCUGGAGGUGAUGCAGUUCGCGUGCGGCGGCUUCGUGGUCGGGUUCCGGUUCAGCCACGCCGUGGCGGACGGGCCCGGUGCGGCCCAGUUCACGACGGCGGCCGGCGAGAUCGCGCCCGGGCGGGCCGGGCCGUCAGUUAAAGCGGCGUGGGGCCGCGAGGCGAUCCCGACGGAGCUCCGGCUCCAGUACUUGGCCAUGGACAUCUCCACGGACUACAUCGAGCACUUCAAGGCCCGGUUCCUGGAGCACGCUGGCCCCAAGUGCAGCGCGUUCGAGGUGCUGAUCGCCAAGGCGUGGCAGGCCAGGACCCGUGCCGCCCGGUUCGCGUGCGGCACCCCCGUCCAUGUCUGCUUCGCCAUGAACGCGCGCUCGGCGCUGCCAACAUCGCCGCGCGCGAUCCCGGACGGGUUCUACGGCUAUUGCUACUACAUCAUGCGCGUGUCGGCGCCCGCCGAGGCCGUUUCGGACGCACCGCUGCACGACGUGGUCCGGCUCAUCCACGACGGGAAGAAGCGGCUCCCUUCCGAGUUCGCGAGGUGGAGCCGCGGCGAGAUGAAUGACGGGGAUGGGGACCCGAAUCAGAUCACGUAGGACUGCCGAACGCUGCUGGUGUCCGCCUGCCUCCACAGCCGGUGUCGUCGGCAUACAUCGCGCCGCCGACGGACCAUGGACAGCCGCACAUGCAGCUGGGGCCGUGCCCUCCGGGUCGCCCCUACUCGAACGGGUUUUUGUGUAAGCAAUUUGGGGAUUUGAUUCGGAGGGAUUUUUUGUGUAAGGGAAACAAUGGGGGUGGGGGUGUGGGGGGUGUCCUAGCCUAAAAUGAACAAGUCAACCAGCACACCAUGUGUCGCUCUCCCAUUGGCUAUGACCAGACGUGCACCCGCAAGUCAAGUUGUUGUACCACCUGACCCCAUUUUGCAAGUUGUUGUACUAAACUGUUCGCGCAAUACAAGUUCUUGCACCUCCGGUGUUA